AUUCCAUUCGGUACAACGCCCUUCGCCGACCGAGGAGAAGGCGAUGAUGGAAGUGGGACGCAGGAAGAAGAUUUUCUGGCAUGGAAGUCAUGUGGGACUCUCUCAAGAACGUCAUGCACCUUCACGAGCAAGAAGAGAAGUUUGAACCGAAUUUUCUCCGUUAUUGAGAAGACAGCUGCGGCCGAGUCCAUAUUUCUAGGAGAGAGGUGCCAAGGGGAGCUCAUGAAGACCUCUACGGAAUACGGUCCCCAAAAUCUCCGUGGCUCAGGACUAGUCUAUGAAACAGGCGAUCACGUUGCAGUCUGGCAUUCGAAUUCCGACAUUGAGGUCGAUCGCUUUCUUCGCGUUUUUGGUCUGGUAGAGAAGCGACUGACAGUGAUCCAUAUGUCAGCUUUUGACUCUGUCAAACACCUACCAUGCCCAUCACCAACAACAUACGAAGCAGCUCUGAGGUACUACAUGGAGAUCUGUGGUCCAGUUUCGCGGCAGUUUCUUGCUGUACUAGCUGCUUUUGCACCGGAUGGUAUUCAGAAAAACACAUUGCUUGAACUAAGCAAAAACAAAGACACAUUCCGAGAGGAAAUUGGCAGCAGGUUUUUAAACCUGGCCCAGCUUAUCGAGUCAAUCAGCCCAGAGCAUCCGGUCUGUCCGAUUCCCUUUGAAGUUCCUCUCGAAGGUGUUCGUGCACUGCAGCCGCGAUACUAUUCUAUCUCGUCUUCAUCUUUAGUGCAAAAAGAUUCCAUUUCCCUGACCACAGCUGUUGAGUCCGUCAACGUGGCGCAACACGAUUUCAAAGGAGUAGCGUCCAAUUAUCUGCUGGCUAUCAAGCGCAUGCAGAAUGGAGAGCAGCCAAACAAAACAGAAAGCUCUUAUACGAUAACCGGGCCUCGACAAAAAUACAAUAUAAGCCUCCCAAUCCACAUCCGACAUUCAAGUUUCAAAUUACCGCACGAUGCUACUCGACCGAUUGUGAUGAUUGGACCUGGAACGGGUGUCGCUCCCUUCCGGGCAUUCGUGCAAGAGAGAAUAAAGCAGGCAGAGUCUGGUACAGAAAUUGGAGAUAUGAUUCUAUUCUUUGGUUGUCGCAAGGAGCAAGAAGAUUUCAUCCAUAUUCUUGGUGACAAGUUCCAAAUAUACACUGCAUUUUCUCGGCAGACCCCUCAUGAGAAGGUGUAUGUUCAGCAGCGGCUAGCGGAGAACGAGAAGAGUCUCCGGUCGCUAGUACUAGAUCAUAAAGGAUAUAUUUAUAUCUGCGGCUCUGGGCGUAUGGCUCGUGAGGUGCAAAGUACCCUUGGUGAGCUUCUUCAUUAA